GGGGACUUCCACUCUCAACCAAAGUGCUGCAACUACAGACCACACCAUGAGGUCCAACACCAUUAUUGUCCUGCUGGGCCUGUCUUGCGUCUGUCUCUCCCUGGCACAAACGACCUUUGAGGACUGCUGUUAUAGGUAUGUGACGAAAACCCAGCGCAUUCAGAGACAAGCAGUAAAUUACAGACAGCAGGUGGUCGAUGGAGGCUGCAACAUUCCUGCUACGAUCCUCAUCCUGAGAACCCCGAGAACCGUAAAAACACAGCGUGUGGUGUGCGUGGACCCACACGCCCCGUGGGUGGUUCAUCUGAUAAAGAAGAUCGACAAAAAGAAAGGCAAACACGAUCGCUACCAACCCAAGACGCUGCACAGAAGCUAAUGGAGAUCGAGCCGCUGCAGCGGCCCCAGGCCAUCUUUCAUCUGCCAAAUCGUAUCAUUGAGCAACGCACGCUUCUACAGAGGUUUCCUGGUGUCCUCCCAGAAGGCAGUCGAGGUGGUUGGUGAUGGAAAUCUUGUAGCAUUACUUUUGCUUUCACUCUGCACUAAGAUAAAGGUCAAAGCUUGGGUACAACAAACUUCUGAUGCCGACUGGCCACCACAUGAAUUCAUAACUUCCUUCGGUAUCAUGGCUGCUUCAUGACAAAUGUUUAUUUUUCUUGACUUUUAAGAGGGAGAGUUUUCAAUAAGCUUUAAAUAAUGUGAUUGUGAGUUUAAAUGGUCAUUUCAGGCAUAUGUAACAUAAUGUGCAAGAUGUGUCCAAAUGUUCAUUAAGUUCUUGUUAAUUUGCAGACACAAAUUAUUGAACAUGAAUAUCUUCCAAAAUUUGUGUCAUACAAAUAUAUAACUCAUCUUCAAUUGUUCUAAAUAUUUUAAAUGUCUGUCUUUUCGUACAUUGUUUUGUAUCGAUUUUAAUAACACAUUCUAACAAUAAAAUUGCUUAUUAAUUUCC